GGCGGGGAUUUUUACUUCUCAAAGAUUGAAACGUUUGAUGAAGAUGAGCUUCUUAAUCAGAUGGCUAAUAAAAAAAAUGAAAGGAAGAAGGAGCGUCGAAAUAGGAAACUUGAGAACCUAGGGAUAUUUGUUGGAAAGUCGUCAUUUAAAACGUUGAAGAAGGCGGAGAAGUUUAAUGAAUAUACCUCCGAAUUAGAAGCAAAAAAUCCGGAGGUGGCUUUCGAACUGAACCAGCGCAAGGCAUGGCAGCUAGCAAGCUUAAAGGCUCAAGGAGGUAGCUCCUCGAUUUUCGAGGAGGAACAGGCCAUUUCGGAAAGCCAGUUGAAUGGGGCGCCGACUCUCGUCGCAGCUACAAUACGCGCGAUUGGAAAAGCCGACAUGUGUUAG